UCCUAAGAUAUAUCUGCUACUGAAUUUGUUUUUGCGACUACUGUCAUUUAAUCCUUGAGAAAUGGCUUUUGUUCAGCUGUACAUUGAUGAAUUUUUAUCACUAAAUUCACCUUCUUAUGUAUCAAACUACAUUUCAAUAUCAUUUUUCACAUUAGCAUUGACUAUACUCUCUUCUUUUUUCAUCAAGUUCAUUUUUUUCAACAAUAAGGAGUUACCUAUAGUUAGUUUUGAUGUUCAAAUCCCUGAAGAAGCUAAACCUCAUUGGAAAGGCAAAAGAUUACCGAUUCCCUCGUUAAUUGAUCCUAAUAAUCCAGAGAUAAUUCAAUCAUAUUGUCCAGCAACUGGCCAAUAUUUAGGUUCUUUUACAUCCUUCAAUAAAACUCAAAUUGACCAGUCGAUAAACGAGGCUCUAGAUGCUAAGAAAGAAUGGUCAAACUCGACCUUCAAACAAAGAAAACGGGUAUUAAGAUCAUUAAGCGAGUAUAUAUUAAAAAACCAGCACAGUAUUGCUAGAGUUGCUUGUAGAGAUUCUGGUAAGACAAUGAUUGAUGCUUCAAUGGGAGAAAUUUUUGUUACCUUAGAAAAGAUUAAUUGGAUUUUAAAACAUGGCGAAAGAAUUUUAAACAAUUCAAAUAGACCUGGUCCUUCAAACUUGCUAAUGUUUUAUAAAAAAGCUCAAAUAAGAUAUUAUCCAUUAAAUGGUCUUUGUGCUGCAUUGAUUUCAUGGAAUUAUCCAUUUCACAACCUUAUGGGGCCAAUCAUUGCUUCAAUUUUCACUGGAAAUGCGAUUAUAAUUAAAUGUUCAGAAUCAGUUAUUUGGUCAAGCAACAUUUUCAUAAAGAUUGUUAAAAAUUGUUUGAUUGCUUGUAAUCAAAAUCCAAAUUUAGUUCAAUUGAUUUACACCUGGCCAAAUGUAGCCGAUUAUUUCACUUCCCAUCCUUCUUUAUCUCAUAUAACCUUUAUUGGCUCAAGACCUGUUGCUCAUCAUGUAGUCAAGGCUGCUUCUGUUUCUUUAACACCGGUUGUUUUAGAACUAGGUGGAAAGGAUCCAUUUAUAGUAUUAGAAGAUGCUAAGAAUCUUGAUCAAAUUGCUUCAAUUAUAAUGAGGGGUUCAUUUCAAUCUGCUGGUCAAAAUUGUAUUGGAAUUGAAAGGGUUAUAAUAGUUGGUGAUAAAAAUUAUAAUUAUCUUUCUAAUAUUUUAUUCGAAAAGGUCAAAUUAUUGAGAUUGGGUUCAGAUAUUGAUCAACUAGAGGAAAUUGAUAUGGGUGCUAUAAUUACUAAUCAAAGAUUUGAAGAUUUAGAGUUAAGACUAAAAAAAUCUGUUGAAAAAGGCGCUAAAAUAUUAUAUGGUGGUCAUAAAUAUAACCACCCAAACUAUCCUCAAGGGCAUUAUUUUUCACCAACUUUAAUUGUAGACGUCACAAAAGACAUGGAUAUUGCAACUGAAGAAAAUUUUGCCCCAAUUUUAACAAUUUUAAAAGCUGAUGAUACUAAUGAUGCAAUUGAGAUUGCAAACUCAAACGAAUAUGGGUUAGGUGCUUCAGUAUUUGGAGAAAACUGGAAAAAUUUGAACUUUGUGGUUGAUUCACUCAAAUCUGGUAAUGUUGCAGUUAAUGAUUUUGCUACAUUUUAUCUUUGUCAACUACCCUUUGGUGGUUGUAAGGGUUCUGGCUACGGUAAGUUCAACGGUGAAGAAGGUUUAAGAGGGUUGUGUAUUGAAAAAUCAGUUUGCUACGAUAAGUUUCCAUUCAUAAAGACUCAAAUUCCCAAGCCAAUAGACUAUCCUAUUAAUGACGAGAAAAAAGCGUGGAAUUUUGUUAGUUCCUUGAGUGUAAGUGGAUAUUCAACAAGCUUAUGGUCUAGAGCAAAAUCAGUUGUUACACUAGCUAAAAACGCCAGCUGAUGUCAGUUACUCACAAUUAUACCAUGGGCAUUCGGCUCUUUUUUUUCUCAUAGCCUAUAACUAUAUACACAUUGCCUCUUUAUUAAUAUUCAUCAAUGCUUCAAGCACCAGUUUUUUUCUUUUCGAUACUUUUGAACAUUGACAGAAAAUUUUCGUGGUGCACCGAGAUUUUUGAAGGUGCGUCUCUGCGGUCUGUGCAUAUAUAGCGAUAGCAUGCAUGUUCCUGCAGUAAC